AUGAGAUUAAACAUCAAUUCUGGUUCUACUCGCGUCGGCGACGUUGAGAUUCAUGAGGUAUUUCGUGUCACUGAACUCGAUGCAGGUCAUCGCGUGGAAGCCAAUACCCUCGGUGGUAUUGCCUUCGACUCUACAGUCAGCCACGGGAAUAUCCCUUUCUCGCAGGAAUCACUUCAUGCUAUUGAGGCCCAACUCGCUAUCAUAAUUCCUUGCAUGGAUGAAGAUCAAUCUAUUCUCGACGGCGUGCUACAUGGCAUCCCGCACGAAUGCCUAAUUAUUAUUGUCUCGAACAGUAAUUCCUCAAACUUUAAGGCCGAGUGCACCCUGCUUACAGAUUUCUGUCAUAAUGCGAAGCGCCCAGGAAUUAUCGUCCACCAGGGAGAUGAAGGCCUUGCUUAUGCCUUUCAUUCCGCAGGUUUGCCGGAGCUCGUAGUAGAGACAAGUCUGCCCCAGGGCAAGCAGAAGAACGCUCUGUAUAUCCGCAAUGGAAAAGGAGAAGCGAUGAUGAUUGGCGCAGCCAUCGCCAAGCUUGCUGCAAAGCAAUUCGUAGGAUUCAUCGACGCUGAUAAUUAUGUUGCAGGGUCUGUCCAUGAAUACUGCAAGGUCUACGCCGCUGGCUUACACUAUGCACUGCAUUGCACUGAACACAACCAAACCACGUCUAGCAAGGAUAUUACUCAAUUGGCAGCGGAGUCCAAUUCCAUGGUGCGCAUUAAGUGGAACUCAAAGCCCAAAGUCAAGGAUGGCCAGCUUGUAUUCGAGAAGUCUGGACGAUGCUCACGCGUUGUCAACGGUUGGAUGAAUCGCUUCUUGAAUGCAAUUGUUGAUGACACCACACAGAACGCGGUAAUUCAGACUGGCAAUGCAGGCGAGCAUGCUAUGAGUCUCAACUUGGCCAUGGAGCUUCGUUUCGCAACUGGGUACGCGGUAGAGCCGUUCCAACUCGUCAACGCAUGGGAGCAGUUUGGAGGGCAGACUUCAACGUACAAGCAGAAAGACCACACAAUGGUCUCUAAGGCACCGUUGUUGCGCAAGGUGCAGAUCCUCCAGAUCGAAACGCGGAAUCCACAUUUCCACGACGUCAGCAAAGGUAACGAUCACAUCGAGGGGAUGCAAGUCCAAGGACUUAGUACAAUCUACCAUUCGAGCCUUACACCCCCGAAGCUAAAAGAUGAGCUUCGAGUGUACAUGAAAGAAAAUUUCCCCACAGUUGUUGGUGCUAAUGGAGAGCCGGAGCGGGCUCGCGUUUACCCGCCACUUGGGACAAUGGAUUUUGGGAUCUUCAGGACCGCUAUGAAAUCUUACCCGAAAACACUGAAAGUCAUUGACGAUACCACAGUCUGGAGGCGAGCUACAUGA